UAGAGAGAGUGAAUUAAUCAAAUCCGUUAAGCACGGAUGGUGUGUGAUGAACCCUAAAAAGUUCCCAUUUUCUCAUUUUUCAUUUUAAAUUAAAAAUCAGGGGUCCUUCUAACCUCUCUGCUUCGGGCGGAAAUAAUGACAGCUUCCAAUCUUAUGCUCUCCGCCCUCCGUCGUUCUCGUCCACUCUCCAAUCUCUCUCGUCUCCUCGCAAACCCUAAUCCUAACCCUCACUAUAAUUCGCUCACUUCACAACCAGCAAUACCAUCUUGCAACUCACUCGCCUCUUUUCAUUUCCCCUCCUGUCAAUCCUUCUCGACUCGUACAGAUGACAACUCCGAUUUUUUGGCUUCUGAGUCACCUACCGCGUCAGAACCUAUCAAUUUUGAACUCGAUCCUGUAACGGAGGGAGUGGUUAAUGGUAGUAAUGUUUUUGAAGAGUCGAUUUUUCCGGUUGGUGCGUUGCUUCAGUCGUGUCAUGAUCUCACUGGCCUCCCUUGGUGGAUAAUCAUUGCUUCAUCAACAUUGGUAAUGAGAAUGACGUUGUUUCCUUUACUCGUUUUGCAAAUGUACAAGAUAAAGCAAAUCUCACUGUGUUUUCCUAAAUUGCCUCCUCUAUUGCCACCACCUCUAUCAGGAAGGAGCUAUUGGGAACAAAUUACAAUUUUUAGAAAGGAAAGACGAGCGAUUUGCUGCCCCCCAUUUUCAUGGUUUCUCGCAUACCUUUCUGUACAGUGCCCUUGCUUUCUCUUGUGGAUGACCAGUAUUCGAAGAAUGUCUUUGAAUAAUCAUCCUGGGUUUGAUUGUGGUGGUACUCUGUGGUUUCAAAAUUUGACUGAAUUUCCUCAUGGUGGUUUGGCCUUCAUCUUUCCACUCCUUAUUGCAGGCUUGCACUAUGUUAAUGUUCAGCUCUGCUUUGAUACAUCUUCUAUUCAAAACACGGGUGGCUUGUUAGGCUUAUUAUCAAAAUACUACAAGUAUUAUCUGAUAUUUUUGACGCUGCCUAUGUUUUUCAUUGGUUACUGCAUUCCACAGGGAAGUCUAGUCUAUUGGAUUACCAAUAGUUCAUUUACUAUAAUCCAGGUUGCCAUCAUCUUGUUGGAACUUCAAGCUGACAUCUACUGGUGUAAGGAACAAAUUACUAUCAAGCAAGUGUCUCUCAAACAUCCUGUUGUGGGUGCUAAAUUAGGGUUACUUGACAAGGAUUCUCCAAAAACCCCUGCAAUUUCUGAAGAAAUGGUUACACCAGAAUCAGUGUCUUUGGAUUCACCAACAAAGUGGCGCAAGGUUUUGCCAGAAAAUUUAUCACCUGAUGAACUACUAGUACUGUCAGUUCAAUUGUUAUCCAGUGGGCAUAGAGGCAGAGCUAUUUCUAUGUUGCAAAUGGCACUUAAAAAGGACCCUAACCACAUAAAGGCUUUAAUUGUAAUGGGGCAUACUCUACUGCAAGAAGGACUCCAUGCAGAAGCUACUGACCAUUUGGAGCGUGCCAUUUCCAAGCUCUUUCUUGUUGGCCAUCCGACAGCUGAAGAUGUCAAUCAUCUAAUCCUUACGUUGCAAUGGGCAGGUGUUGCCUUUAUAAGUCAGGGAAAUAAGGCCGAAGGAAUUGUGCACCUAGAAAGGGUGGCUAGUCUAGAAGAACCAGAGGACCCUAAAAGCAAAGCCCAUUACUUCGAUGGUUUAUUAUUGCUUGCGAGUGCUCUAAGUAGGGAAGGUCGAAAGGCUGAGGCUGUCAAGUAUCUGCGAUUAGUUGUUGCUUAUGAUCCUUCUCGCAAGAAUUUAUUGGAAGAGUGUGAAAACGACGAGGACAGCUUUGUUGGCGAUCUUGUUAGCAGCAGGAGAGGAGAUUACUGACCUAAUGCAAUUAUACAUGAUAAUCAAUCUAUAUAUAUAUAGGGAGAAACAACAAUCUGAAGUAUAUUGCGAAAUAUUGUUACAGUAAAGUUCUGCUUCUUCUCUCUCUCUCUCUUUUUUUUGGUUGGGAAGUGUUGAUUUUCUCAUGUUUAACAAUCCUCGGAAACAUGAAUUCUUUAUUUGAGUCAAAACGACGCCUGUUCACUUUAAGUCAAA